UUCCUGUCUGAAUUCUUAUACUUUGUGGAGUAUUUUUUUUUCUUCACCAGAUGAAGACGUUGGCGUUAGUUUUACUCUUUGGAGUGGUUUGCUUUGGAUUUGAACCAUUGUCCCCUGACAAGACUUGUCCGAAUUUGAUAUUAUCAGAGUUCUAUGAGGGCCAAUUCCUGAAUAGGUGUAAUGAAGGUCAGAUCCCCCACUGUCUGAUUGAUGACAAAAAUAGACAUGGACGGGUGUGUAUAAAGGCGGUAACCAUCCCGGCAGGAGAAUGUCCGUUCUACGAUUCGGAGAGGAGCAUGAUAGAUAAAAGGAGAUGUAUUGGAGAGGAUUGUCCUAAGAAAGAUAUACCGUCCACUGCCGCCAGUAUAUAUGAAGGAUGCUUUCAAAAAUUCAGGUAAUUGUCUUCACAACAUUUUACACCAGAAACAAUGUAAUGAUAAUUC